AUGGAUCUUCAAGUGCCCUGCCUGAGUGGUGUGGACUAUGUGGCAACCGAGCGCAAGAAGAUGGCAGAAGACGUUGUGAAGUUUGCCGUCGACAUCUACGUGCACGGUUGCCUUACAAAGCCCGUUUACUAUCUGAGCGAGUGGGUGCCCCUCGUUGCCCAGAUGUGUCCCCAGGCCACUUUGUCCGACUCGCAGCGGCACGAUCUCAUAGCCCGCGUGCUCUUCGAGUCCGCAACCAAGUUCGGAGGGUUAGCUUUUAAGGCGCUUCAGUACGUGUCUCUGAGGACGGACAUCCCAUCUGGCUAUCGCCGCCACUUCUGUAAGGCGCUGGAAGAAGCAAGCUUUAUCAGUGAUCCGGAUGACAUCAAGCAGGCGCUGUCGUCCGUGGACUCGUCAUUGGGUGACCUGUCGGUCGGCGAGGUGUUGAAAUCAGGAAGCAUGGCUUCAGUCCAUGAAGCGUGGCUUGAUGGCAAGCCUGCGGUGUGCAAGCUGCUCCACCAGAAGGUGUGUCAGACCUACAAAGACGACCUUGACAUAAUGGUGCACAUUGCCAAAGAAGUGAACAAGGAGGAGCUGGCAAGAGGCAUAUAUCCAUUGUUGUCUGGGUUGGCCGAGAAGUUGGAGACUGUGCUAUCAGGGGAGACAGACAUGAGGAAGGAGGCGAAGAACCAAGGCUUUGUGCGGCAGCACUUCGCGGGUUCGAGCAUUGUUGUGCCGGAGGCUGGGGUCUAUGAAAGCACGGAGCAAGUGCUUCUCAUGGAGAAGCUGGAUGGCAUUACCGGCUACGAAGCUGAGCAAAAAUGGGCAGAGGGCAAGGUGGUGGAUGUCUUCGGCCAGGCAUGGGAACGUGGAGCGGUGGCUUUGCUCGACUUUGGCCAAUGCUUCGCCAGCAGCGAUGCGCAGGUGAAGAAGUUCAUGCGCUUUUUGGGGAACUUCCCAAGCUGUGCGGAUCCAAAUCAAGACGUCAAGAUCCUUGAAUCGCUACGGAAUUUGGGUGUCGAGGUUGAGACGAGCAAAGCGGUCACCGCUGCCCGCAUUCUCUUUUUGGGCAUGGAGGGUAAGAUGUUUGCGGACAUCGGCUCCAUUGACCCCGAGGUCGUUGGCUUGGUUUUGAUUUGCCAGGCUUUGUCGAGAUUCGAGGUGUCGGCCUCCGGUGGGCGUCAAAAAGUGGGGCUGAGUGACAAAUGCGAUCACCAUCGGGUGCUGAAGACCUUCAAGCAAGUGGCCAAGGCAGGCUUCCAGGGCAAUGCUUUGCUUGGCUUGCAGGGCCAGGGCACGGUCACCUUCACGCCCGACUGCCUCAUGCUAGAGUUCCCCGGCACCAACGAAGCCACGAAGGCGGCCGCAGAUGAACUGUGA